CUCCCAGCGCACGCGAGGAGUUCCGAAUAUUUUUUUUUCUGAAUCUCGACACAUCACAAUAAAUCCCAUCUUUCAAUGAUAAUGACAUAAGAUGGAAGGAGAUAACUUUUCUGUCACAUGGUUGUGUUCUAAGCUGAAGUAUGAUGAAGGUGGCGCUGAAGAUGGAAUGAUCAGUAAGCAGCUGUUGUAUCGCUUGUAUGAAAAACAAUGUCACAAACAUUCAAUCAAACCUUUAUGCAUUAGUUCGGUCGCUAAAAUCGUGUAUAAACUAUUUCCAGAUAUUACAAAUACAAGAGUGAGAAUAGGAGGGAAAAACGGGUGCAACGGCCGUAGAUUUAUGUUUAAAGGAAUAUCAUUCUGUGGUCUUUCCCAUGACAACAUAGAAUUUAUAACUGUUGAAAAUUUGGAACUUAACCUAGAAAGACCAUGUAUGUUGUCAUCAAAAAGUCAACAAUCUGCCGUUAUUUUGAUGCCUGCAAACAUUUUAACAAAUGGCAAUAUGCUGAUGAAAGAAAUAAUUUUGAAUUUUUCUGAGAAGAGAUGGCAACUGAAUGUCCGAGGGAGAUCAGUAGACUUAUCACAUUUCGGAAUAAGUGAUAAGUUUGAUUUGACUCUAGGCAAUUUAAAGACAAUUCUGCAUAUUGUGAAAAGUUUGGACUUGUGUCUUGGCUGUGACAUGAAUGAAAAAAGACCAGUACCUUAUCAUAUACUAUGUGAACAUGUUACAUCUAAAAUUGGGCAUCAAGACACCGUGAGGAAACUAAGAAGCCUUCAUUGUCUUGGUGUUAUAGGUUGGCAUGGAAUUAAAAGUGUUUGUUCAAGAUGCAGGAUAUGUUUUGAUACAUUUAUCAGUAAUAAGAAGGAAGAUAAAAAUACUGUAAACUUGGAUGCUAUUGGUGACAAAGUCUUGCAGAAAAUAUUAGACGCUGUUUACCCAAAUGCAUCCCCCGAGAUGAAAAUGUUUCUAGAAAGUCAGCAUGAUGCUUUAAAUGUAACUGAUGUGAGGAAACGCCGUUGGAACAAAGAGAUCUUAAAACCAUGUGUUUCUCUCUGGAAACACAGUCCCAAAGUAUAUCGAGAUCUCAGAAACAGUGGCAUGUUCAUUUUACCAUCUAUAGGUAUUGUCAGAAAGGCAUCUCGCACAUCUACUGCAUACACCAGUGCUGAUACGGGGGCCACCUCAAAUACUGAAGAUGAUAAUGGGUUUAAAUUAGAGAAUGCUGGAACAAGUGCCAUCUUAAAUACUGAAGAUGAUAAUCAUGGGCUUGAAUUAAAGCCGGCUGGAACAAGUCCCGCCUCAAAUACUGAGGAUGAUAAUGAAUUAGAAUUUGAAACAACUGACCUAGAGGCCACCUCAGACACAGAAGACAAUAGUGGGUUUGAAUUUUUAGCAUCUUCACACACUAGAAAUACAAAAAAGCGCAAAUUUUAUGAAGGAGAACAACAAGACAAGAAAAGGAAGACAACUGAGGUGCAAUGGCCAUGUGGGAUUUGUGAAAAAGAUGCAAGUGUGAAUUCUGUGGGCUGUAAUGGGUGUGAUAUUUGGUAUCAUGGGGACUGUUUACAAAUUGAAGAUCUGGAUAAUUUGCCAGAUGAGUGGUUCUGCCAGAAAUGCGAAAAGGAAGAUACGUAUACUGUGAUAUCGAUGGUCUGAUCAAGAAACAAAAUGGCCAACAAGAUGCCAUAUUGGAUUUGACUAAAAAUUUGUUACCGUUACAUGUAUUUCCUGAGGAAUUAUAUCUAUGACAUUUGAUAUGUAGAUUCCACUUGGUUCCUUGUUGAGCCAAUUCAAUUUUGAGACCGACUUUGGAAAAAUGAAAUUUGUUGACAGUGGGCCAUACACUUUAGUAUUUUGAUUUUGACAGCUGAAAUCUAUGUACAUUGUAUGCUAUUUAUAACUGUUAAAAGGAUCGUAGUUCCUGGUUGUGUCCAUUUAAUUUUGAAACUGAUAAUGAAAAAAUUGUCAACAGAUUGUCAUCGCUUUUUUUCAAAUUUCAAUGUAUAAUUUUGCCUUGGUCCUUGGUUCCGUACCGGCUAUUGACUUUUAAGACUGAUCCAAUAAAGCAAAUAACAAACAA